AUGCUCAGAAGAAAAGGUUACAUUGGACGUCAGCUGAGACCGUCGCAGCUGGCGAGGGAACUCUUGCCGGCGGACCAGACAUGGUGUGCGACAUGCCAUCUGGCGGUCUUGAAGAAAAACUGGUCAGAUCAUCGGGCGUCGCGUAGUCAUCGCCUUGCCUCAUCGAAGAUGCAAAAGAUGAAGCAACUUUCACUUGACAUGUGGGCACGGCACCGCGCUGCACCAUUACAGGAAGAAAGCGCCCAUGAGAAAAGCAUUGAGGCGGAGUUUGAACGAUUCCGCAAUGAGCAGAGGAAGCGUGAAGGGAUGAUUCACGUAUCGCCCUGGAAAAAGUGA